AAACAUUCUAGCUGCUUCCCACAUGCGUGAAUGUUUACGCCUACAAACCUACUGAUGUACUGGACGUUGUCGAUGGCCCCAGAAGAAUCAGCAGUGAAGCGUUUGCUCCCCGUUACAAACAUAUGGACGAAAGCGUCGACAUGCUGCGGGGCAAAACUGUUAUCGUGACAGGGGCGAACAGUGGCAUUGGAAAAGCCACGGCCAUGGAGCUGCUGCGGCGUCAGGCCCGGGUGAUCAUGGCAUGUAGAGACCGAGAACGAGCAGAGAAAGCGGCCCAGGAAAUCAAGCAGGAGGCCGGACCAGAGCAAGGGGAACUGGUGAUCAAACUCUUGGACCUGGCGUCGCUAAAGUCUAUCCGCCAUUUUUGCGAAGAGAUAACUAAGGAAGAGCCGAGAAUCGACAUCCUGAUUAACAAUGCAGGAAUUUACCAGUGUCCUUACACCAAAUCAGAAGACGGCUUCGAGAUGCAGUUUGCUGUCAAUCAUCUGGGUCACUUCCUGCUCACUAACCUCCUGCUAGACCUCCUCAAGCGCUCUGCCCCAAGCCGCAUCAUUGUGGUUUCCUCCAAGCUCUACAAGUAUGGUGAUAUAAACUUUGAGGACCUAAACAGUGAACAGAGCUAUGACAAAGCUUUCUCAUACGCUCGGAGUAAACUAGCCAAUCUUCUGUUCACGCUGGAGCUCUCGCACAAACUUGAAGAGACGGGAGUCACAGUAAACGCUCUCACCCCAGGAAUCGUGAGGACUAACCUGGGCAGACAUGUCCACAUCCCGCUCCUGGUGAAGCCUCUGUUUAACUUGGCAUCAAGGGCCUUCUUCAAGUCCCCUGAGGAGGGGGCGCAGACGUCUGUCUAUCUGGCCUGCUCUGAGGAUGUGGAGGGGGUUCAGGGGAAAUGCUUUGCUAACUGCAAGGAGGAACAGUUGCUAGCUAAAGCCACAGAUGAAGAGGUGGCCAAGAAACUGUGGGACAUCAGUGAAGUGAUGGUGGGCAUCACAACCUAAAUCUUACACUUUACGUAUGGACGUGUGUCCAUGAUUAUUUCAAAAUUGCCAACUCUGAGAAAAUAAAAGCUUACAGAUUAUCCCAUCCUUUAUUCUGGACAAACUUUUAAAACAUACUCAUGCUAACAUCCACAGGGGGGAGCUGUUUAUACCAUUACAUGUAUUGUGCAUUUAAAUGGCUAACUACAGUAACAUCAGGCAGAUUGGUAGAUAUGCUGCAACAUUAACAAUGCUUGUGUCAUUAUAUAUAAUUAUAUAUGUAUAUAAUUUAUAUUUGAAUGAAACUGAUCUUAUGUUAUCAUGUUUUAUGUUAUAGUUCUUGUGUUUUCUGGAAUUAAUUAAUUCUGGGAAUCCAGGUUUAUUACAUGACACAUGUUGGCUAAGACCAGGGAUGGGCAAACUCGAUCCGGUGUCCCUGCAUAGUUUUGCUCCAACCCUAAUCAAACACACCUGCUUGUAGCUUUCUAGUGAUCUUAAAGACACUAAUUAGGGUGUUCAGGUGUGUUUGAUUAGUGUUGGAGCAAAACUCUGCAGGGACACUGGCCCUCGAGGAUCAAGUUUGCCCAUGCCUAGCUAAGACUAUAUUCAAUCUAAAUAGGUGGACAAGACUGACACUUCAUUGACUGAGACUAAGUACACUUAAUGAGAAUUUUUGAUUGCAGUAUUGUGUUGUACAGUCUCCUCUGUUAAGAGUGGAAUAAAUAUGCAUUUGAAUUGCACUUCACUUACUAAACAGAACAGACAUUACCAGUUUUAAGUUACUCUAAAAUAAGGAAAUGUACAGUAGCAAUACCUGUAUAUAUUUGUGUGUAUGUGUGUGUGUUUGUGUGAGAGAGAGAAACCAAUAACUGCUAAUAAUAAAAGAAAAUAAUAAUUUUUAAAGGAAUAAUUACAAAAUU